CCUUCAAAUCAUGCGCAGAGUAAAGGGUUACAGGCAUUCCGGUAAUCCAUUUCAAGUUUACACCAGAGUGCAGGGGUUUAUGUAAGGUUUCACGGCUCUCUCUCUCAGCUCUCCAACAAUACCCGGAGUAAGUUCUAGAAUCCGUUUCAGAAUAACCCCGUACGCGGAGCUGGCAACACGUUCAAAUCAAACCCUCCGUCAACUACAGAGCUAAUGAACCUGUUGUGAAAAUUAAACACAAGAUGGCAAUAGUGUUUAGCAAACCUAGAUAUGAGAGAAGGAGAAGAAGAAGAGAGGAAAUUCAUAUUCCAAGAGCUCAACAGAUUGGUUUUGAGGAUCUAAACCCUGAAUCCCAGCAGCAAAUCUUGGACCUAGUGGAAAUAUACAGAUGUAUUCUAAGCCUAGAGAAUACAGAGGACCAGAUUAGUGAUACCCAGGAUACAGUGAGAACCAGUAUCCCUGCACCGCAACCUGUCAAGGUGGAAGGAUUGAAGAACAAUUGUGAAACUGUUGAGACCAAAUACGAUGUGCUUGAUCAUGAUGAAUCUGUGAAUGAUGCAGAUGAUGAGGAUGAGGAUGAUGUUGUAGAUCCUGUAGAUAAAGAGCUUGCUAUAUCAGGGUGCUGUGUUGAGAAUAUUGACUUCUCAGUUCCUGACGUGAUACCCAACCAUGAUCUCAGAACCCGGAACCCACUUCCGGAUCUCAUUCCCAGAUCUCAACUGAGAACCUUGAACCUAAGAUCUCUCCGUCCCUCCAGGUUCCAGAUUCAGGACUGGAGCAGACAGGAGGGAGGAGGAGGAGGAGGAGGAGGAGGAGGAGAAGAGACACGUCCUCCAACAGACUGGAGACUAUACGGUCGUCAACUAGAUCUCAUCUCAUCAAACUUCACCAUGGGUCGUGGACCACCAGACCCUCGUGGACCUCUAGAGGGAGAUGACCUAGAUGGUGGUCAUGACCUUGAUGUACGUAGAGGAAGAUCGGAUAGAAAAUUUUUCACAGAUUUCGCCCUGUCAGUUGUAGCAAAUACUGUUGUAUAUUUAUGCAUAAGAAAACUAAAAAGAUUGAUAUUUUAAAAUAAAAAUUGUAAAAAUAUUUG